AUGGCAGAAUCCAAGAGCCUCCCUACCUUCCUCACAAACACCGAGUUGCACCCUUCCUUUGACGAAGAUAUUAAGAAUACACACUUGAUCUACGACUAUGCUGCUCAAGCCCCCGAUGGCACACCGGAAAAGUGGCGCUAUGAAAUGUGGUUCUUCUCGUCCAACCGUAUCGUCUACGCCAUCCACGGCGGCCCCAUGGCCGGCCGCAUAAACUACCAAACCUGCACUUAUCAAUGCAUCCGCCCCGGCGAACUCUGGCAAUGCAACUGGCUCGAAGAAACCGGCACAAUCUGUUCCCUAGUCUACGACAUUCCCAACCAAAAGAUUACCACUUUAAUCGGUUUCUCCAAAGGUCAUUGGAAUAACCCUGAACAGGCCAGAGGAGAUAAGAGAGAUCCAGAGACUUUUGAGAGGUUCAAGGGGUUGGCUAAGCAGGGAACCCAGGUAGAGAGAUUUAUGCUUAGUGAGCAGGCGGAGAUUCAGGAGAAGUUCAAGGGUAAGGGGAAUUUGGUGCCUAUCUCUGGGGAUGAGGAGACUUUUUAG